AGUGUGAUACCUCAGAUCCUACCCCAAGGGAAGUUCCCUGCCCCUAUUGACUCAUUAGCACAGCAAGCAAGUGACGUAACAUUGUGGGGUGACUAACAGACAGCUCCAGCACAGCUACCAGUUCCCUUAUUGAUGUAGUGUUACCUGCUGAACCAACAGUGCUAGAAGGAUUUGGAAGUGUUGGAGAAAUUAAAAAAGAUGAUCUUGAAAGUAUGGUCAAAGAAGAGCUCAAUGAAAGUGAUGCUAAAGUUGUCAAGUCAGUUAAAGACUCGUCUCUUGCAGAGCCUCUACAGCUGACUCAAAGUGAAAAACUUGUUGGAACUGUGGUUGAUGUUGCAAAGGAUUUGGAUGAGAAGGUUGCAGAUGUUGUUGAAGAGAAAGUUGCAGAUGCUGUCAAAGAGAAGGUUGCAGAUGUUGUUGAAGAGAAGGUUGCAGAUGUUGUCAAAGAGAAGGUUGCUGAUGUUGUUGAAGAGAAGGUUGCAGAUGUUGUUGAAGAGAAGGUUGCAGAUGUUGUUGAAGAGAAGGUUGCAGAUGUUGUCAAAGAGAAGGUUGCAGAUGUUGUCGAAGUGAAAGUUGCAGAUGUUGUUGAAGAGAAGGUUGCAGAUGUUGUCAAAGAGAAGGUUGCAGAUGUUGUCAAAGAGAAGGUUGCUGAUGUUGUUGAAGAGAAGGUUGCAGAUGUUGUUGAAGAGAAGGUUGCAGAUGUUGUUGAAGAGAAGGUUGCAGAUGUUGUCAAAGAGAAGGUUGCAGAUGGUGUUGAAGAGAAGGUUGCAGAUGUUGUCAAAGAGAAGGUUGCAGAUGUUGUCGAAGUGAAGGUUGCAGAUGUUGUUGAAGAGAAAGUUGCAGAUGCUGUCAAAGAGAAGGUUGCAGAUGUUGUCGAAGAGAAGGUUGCAGAUGUUGUCGAAGAGAAGGUUGCAGAUGUUGUUGAAGAGAAGGUUGCAGAUGUUGUCACAAAGGUUGCAGAUGUUGUCACAAAGGUUGCAGAUUUUGCAAAGGACAUUGCACUGGAUGAGUUUGCAGACAUUGUAGAAGAGAAGGUUGCAGAUGUUGUUGUAGAGGCAGCACAGGAGGUUGAAAAAGAUACAGAAAAAGUUGUUGAGACAGCAGAAAUGGUGGAGGAGGUCGGUAGUAAGGUGGAGUCUGUACUUGAUGUGGCAGAAACUGUAGCUGAGGCUGCUGUUGAAGCCGCCCAUGAUACUGAAGGUGUGUCUGAGGCCGUCACAGAAAAAUUAGAGCUGGCAGAACAGAUAAUUAAGGAGGCAGAAAAGGUGGUUGAAGAAGUUACUCACAUAGCAGAAAAGGUAAAGGAGGUUGCUGAAGAAAUUAAAAAAGAAGCGGAAAUCAUUGAAACUCAAGCUAGUGAGAUAAUGCAGAGGGAGGAAAUAAUGGAGGAAGUUAUUAAAUUUGUCAAAGAAACACCUGCUGGGCUACCUGAUACUGGAGAGUUGAAGGAGACAAGUGAGGUAACUCCUGAAGAGUCAGAGAAGAAAUUAAAUCCAGAAUCAGCUACUGAAGAACCGCCCGUAGAAGUUAAGGAGCCACUUCUUGAGAUGUCUUCUGAAUCACGGGAGAAAAAAGGCUUGUUUAAUAAGCUCAUUAGUUUCUUCUCAUAUGAAAAAACUCUUCCAUUUGUUGAACCAGAAAGAGAAUAUGCCGUAGAAAAAGCUAAGGACCUGAAAACUGAGUCUACAAUAGUGACUGAUACUGAGUCUCCUUCACCAGAUAAGAACCUAGAGGAGCCAGUUGAAAAUGCUGAGUCAGAAGUAAAAACUGUGGAAAGUGAAGCAGUUUCUUCCCCAGACAAAACCAUUAAGGUAAAAAAGUCAGAAAUACUAGAUAGCAUUGUUGAAGUGUUUGAACCGGUGAUGGAGGAUGUUGGUAAGGAUGUGGUGGUUGAUGUUGCAGAAGGUGCGUUGGAGUCAGUUGCAGAGGUUGUUAAUGCGACAGAUGUGAUUGAUGACAUUGAAGAAAAGGUAGUGUUAGUCUUGGAUGCUGUACAAGAAACAGAAGAGACUUGGGAGACUCCAGGGGUGUCUCGGGCUGUGACAUUUGAGGCAGAAGUUAAGCAGGUAUCUGAAGGAGUUACAGAUAACGUAGGGGAUGUUGUUGAAAUAAUAAAAGAAGAAGCUCGAAUAAUUGAAACGGAGAAUGCUAAACUAGUUGUUGGGAGCAAGGAGAAGCAAGAAGAACUAGUUGAAAAUGUUAUUGAGUAUGUCUUCGGGAUUUCAUCAUCUGAUGAAGUACUUGCUAAAGAGUUAAAAGACCAAAGUGAGACUAUGUCAGAAGAACCUGAGCAGGAAGGAAGCACCCAGGAAACAGAAGCAGGGCAGAAGUUGGCAAGUGAAACAUUAGUGGAAGACAUUGCCGAAAAGCAGUUGUAAAGGAAGGUUUGUUUGAUAAAUUUGUCAGUGUUUUCUCAAAAAGGAAGAAAUGAGGACCUGGCAGAAGUUAGUAAAAAGUCAGUGGCUGUACCAGUCACUGAGGAAAUCAAGGAACCACCUGUAGAGGCUGUAACAGAAGAGGGGAAGGAUGAAGUGCUUGAGAAAGUAGAAAAGCCAAGUACAGACACAAAUAUUGUU